ACCGUAAAUAAGACACUGAAGGAGAAAUGUCCGAAAACCUAAGUUCGCUUCUUACUUUCGCCGACAUGGAGAUUUGAAGCUCUGAAAUGGCUUCUUCUUCUUCCAACUCUCCGCCGCUGUCUACUUCCAUGUCUCAGCUGAUGAAACCUGAGCAACCGAGAAACUGGGCGGAGCUUCCGCCGGAACUGAUUUCAUCGAUCCUGCUCCGUCUUAACUCGAUUCAGAUACUGGAGAAAGCUCAGAAAGUGUGCAGAUCUUGGCGCCGCGUCUGUAAAGACCCCUCGAUGUGGAGGAAGAUUGACAUGGACAACGACGGAGACUUGGGAAGCAUGGGGUACGACCCAGAGAUCAUGUGUCGUCACGCAGUUGAUCGUAGCCAAGGCGGCUUGCUUGAGAUCGACUUGUGGUACUUUGGUACUGAUGAGCUACUCAAUUACAUAGCUGACAGGUCAAGUAACCUGAAAAGCCUUAGACUCAUAAUGUGCUACCCAAUAGCUGACGAGGGAUUCGUCGAAGCUGUUAGGAAGCUGCCGUUGCUUGAAUACCUCGAGGUUACAUACGGCGCAAUGUCAGGAGAGGCUCUGAAAGUUGCAGGACAGUCUUGUCCGAAUCUGAAGAAACUGAGGCUAAACUCCGAAACUAACCACCAGUUUAAUGACGAAGAGCUUAAUGACAAAAAAGCUCUAGGGAUUGCUGAAAGCAUGCCUGAGCUACGCCACCUCCAGCUCGUUGGGAACACAUUAACCAACAGGGGCUUGACCGCCAUUCUCGACGGUUGUCCUCACCUGGAACACCUUGAUUUACGCAAGUGUUUCAACGUAAGACUUGAAGGGGAUCUGGAGAAGAGAUGCUCCGAGAGGAUCAGAGAGUUGAGACGCCCGGAUGAGUCAACCGCUGAUCACCCAUAUGGAUUUAACAUUGAGGAUUUAUUAGGCCCCAACAACUAUUAUUGGGAUGACUUAAGCGCUGGUUACCCUUAUGGAGCUAACGUCUAUGAUUUAUCAGACUGCAGCGAUUAUUAUUCGGAUGAGUUCUACUAAGUCUACUAGAUACUGAACAAUGCAGAGGCACAUGUGGUUUUCGCUUGCCUUGUUCAGAUUCCUCUGUUCUUUCUGUUUAGUAGUCUCUUUAACUCUCGUUUGAACAAUGUGAUGAUGUUUUUCUUUUUCAUUGGUGCCAAGGAGUUGUGUUAAACGGUAUUUAAUUUAAUAGAUCUCUUCUGAUGAA